AUGGCGGUGCCUUGCGACCGCAUCCGAAGUGCAGAGCACCGAAACAUUUUUCAAUUUGAGUUCUUUAAUGCGGUUCAAAGCGAAUGUUUCGACGAAAUUUAUAAUUCGGAUCGAAGUAUUGUUGUUUGCGCGCCAACGGGGGCUGGGAAGACCGUGUUGUUUGAAUUGGCUAUUCUGCGUUUGCUGGAGCGGAACGACAACCAAGAAGCUCCCUUAAGGCCCAAAGUCCUCUGUCUGUGCCCAACGAAGGCGCUGUGUACAGAGAAGCUGGAUAUGGUGAUGCGAAUGAGAGGAGGAGACAACAGCAACACGUUGUCUUCUUCUGUAGCCCUCGUCUGUAUCGAUGAAGUGCAUUUGCUGAACAUGAGGCGCCGAGGGCCGGUCUUGGAAGCAAUUGUUGCGCGUCUGAAGAUGCAGUCUCCCCCUCCUUCUUCUUCUUUUUCUCUUCGUUUUGUUGCUGUCUCUGCAACUGUAACCAACGUCAAUCAACUCGCUGCCUGGCUCAACGGCAGCAGCAAAUCUUUCAGCAGCAAAUACCGCCCCGUGCCGCUGGUGCCUCACGUGCUGAGUUAUUACAAGGGCAAUAUGAAUGGAUUUGUGUUUGAACAGAGUUUAGAUCGGCAUCUGCCUGAGUUAAUAAACAUUUACAGCGAAGGACGCCCCUCUUUGGUAUUCUGCGUUACGAAGAAAGGAUGUGAAGGUGCAUGCGAAGCAAUUUUAUCUUCUGAUUUACACUUAGUAACUUCGGCUGCUCAACAGAGGGAGCUUGAACUUUUGGCUAAGACGAUGGAUCCGAAACAUAACCGGUUUCUGCUCCGGGGUAUUUGCGUUCAUCACUCAGCCCUCACUGCAAGCCAGCGAGCAGCUGUUGAAAGAAACUUUCUUAAGGAAAACAUCAAAGUCCUCUGCACUACGAGCACUUUGGCUCAAGGAGUGAAUCUGCCCGCCAGGCAAGUACCAGCAUACACUCAAAUCCUGCAUGCAGAUAUGCAUGCAAACAUGCUUUGUCUUGUUAAGAGUACUGUGGCAUAUAAAGAAGGCCGCUACUCCGAGUAUGAUGAAAUUGAAAUGCUGCAGAUGAUCGGCAGAGCUGGGCGUCCUCAGUUUGAUAGCUGCGGCGUUGCAGUAAUAAUGACUUCGCAAGAGAGUUAUAAGAAGUGGAUUGAGCUGUCUUCGGGCCGCCAGCAGAUAUCGUCGAAGCUGCACGAGGAGUUUAUAGAGCAUUUAAACACUGAAGUGGCGUUGGGAACUGUGCAGAAUGCGGCGAUGGCUAUCUCCUGGUUUGAAGCGACAUUUUGGGGUGUACAGACACCUGAAGAGAAGCGAAAGGCUUCUCACGAAUCUAUCAAAGCUGCACUCAACAAACUCAGUCUGCCUGAAGAAGAAUUGUUUAAAGCCCUUUUAGAGCUCAUCGCCGGGGCAGUUGAAUUCGAAGAACUCGCGCCAAGACGGGAACAGAAGAAGCCGCUGCGCGAGUUAAGUCGGCAACCCAAUAUGAAUUGGGGUCUGGAGCAAUGCGCAAUAACAACGAAGACGAAGGCGUUUGUAUUGAUGCAAGCAGCUAUCUUUGCUGUUCGUAUUGAACAGCUUGUAUAUGAUGGCGAGGAGUCUGCGAAAUCGUUUACCCUGGAGAGCGACAGCUCAAUUAACUCAAUUCCCUGGUUACUACAACUGCAAGGCAUCUCCAGCCUAGAUGAUUUGGCUGCUGCAGAUGCAGAGACGCUUUCAAACUGUUGUAAGAAGACCGUUAAGCUAGACCAUCUCUUGGGCCUCCAACGGACGUGCGCAGCGCUGCCCCGAUAUAUUAUAUGCGCGGAGUUCGUCGGCCUGGACGUCAAAGAAGAGAUGGAGACAACCAACAAAAACAAACUCUUACCCCCUCCUCUGCUGCCCUCUGUCUCUCCACUGCAGCAGCAGCAGCAACAGCAGCAGCAGCAACGGCAGCAGCAACAGCAGAAACAGCCGCAACAGCCGCAACAGCAGCAGCAGCUACUUCUCUCUGCGUUUCAUCCUCGAUGCAGCAACUCCAACGCUGUUGCUGCACGGCGAAGCACAGAGACGAACGAAGCAGCAGCAGACAGUCACAACAGCAGCAGUAGCAGCAGCAGGGGAGCCACAGAGCAGCAUCAGCGCGCAGCAGCAGCACACAGCAGCAGCAGCAGCGACGCAGCAGCUGCUGCGCUGUCAUGGCAUCCCUUGCAGCCAACGGCGUCAGACAUUGCUGCACCUUCAAUUGGACAAGAGCCCUUUUAUGAAGCUGCUGCAGCAAGCGACAGCAGCAGCAGCAACUGCAGCAGCAACAGCAGCAGCAGCAGCAGCAGCAGCUGCGACCCCGAUGGCAAGUGGAUGGAGGCCUUUGCAUUCCCUCACCUGGAAGCAACAGCUUCAAAGUUAAAGAAGUCUUCUGCUUACUUCUCGCUGCAGCAAAACAGCAGCAGCAAAUCUCCCUCUCACCUUUACCCGCAGCAGCAGCGCAGCAGCAACAUCGCAUGGACGCCUCAGCAGCAGCUCUCUGCCUCCGGGCCGCCGCACCCAGCAGCAGCAGCAGCAGCAACAGCAAAAGCAGCAGAACAACCAACAGCAACAGCAACGGAACAACCAACAGCAGCAGAACAGCCAACAAAAGCAGCAACAGCAGCACAAGCAGCAGCAGCAGCACAAGCAGCAGCAGCAGCACAAGCAGCAGCAGCAGCAGCACAAGCAGCAGCAGCAGCAGCAGUAGAGCGCAAGAGAGAUAGGCGUUCUCCUGUCUUGAUGACGGAGACGAAGACAGACGAAGCAAUGAAGAAAAUGUUGAUGCUGCAGGCCUUACCAGGCUCAUUGGCUGCAUGCAGACAGCAGACAGAAGGAAGCAAAACUAUAAAAAGACAAAAAACUGCUGUCGAAGACUUUCUCUGUACGCUCAAUUUGUAA